AUGUCUCCCGUUCUUUCUGUGGAAGAUGCGAAGAAGCAGGCGGCCAUCAAGGCCGUCGAGGAGCACUUCGACCCUAACGCGCGCUACGUCGGUAUCGGCUCCGGCACGACCAUUGUUUACGUCGUCGAGGCCAUUAAGGCUAAGAGCACCAACCCUCACAUCCAGUUUGUGCCCACUGGAUAUCAGUCGCGACAGGUUAUUGUGCAGGCGGGCCUGACGCCCAUCGCCUUCGAUUCGUUGCCUGACGGCGAGGUGCUUGAUGUAGCAUUCGACGGUGCAGAUGAAGUCGACGACGAGCUCAACUGCAUCAAGGGCGGCGGCGCCUGUUUGUUCCAAGAGAAGCUCGUAGCCGAGCGCGCGAAGAAGUUCAUCUGCGUCGCAGACUACCGCAAAGCGCAGUCGCGCCUCUUGACCCAAUGGCCCAGCAUUCCGAUCGAAGUUGCACCCCUCGCCGCGCAAACCGUGUCGCAUGCGCUGCGCCAGCUUGGAUCCAUCAACCCGGUUGUUCGCACUCACACGCUCGCCAAGACUGGCCCCGUCAAGACCGAUCAGGAUUUCUUCAUCAUCGAUGCGCCGUUCAAGGCCCUUCUGACUGCGUCGGAUGUUUCUGCGGGUGCAAGCGGCGACGGCAAGGAGGGAGUUUGGGAGGUCACGGCGCUCAGCAAGAAGAUCAAGGCCAUAACCGGCGUUCUGGAGGUCGGUAUUUUCAGCGGCUUGAACGGAGAAGAAUCACAGGCGCUGGGUGGCUGGGGCGGCCAGAAGCCCGUUGCGGUGUACUUCGGUAUGCAAGACGGCAGCGUGAUGGUGAGGACCGCCAAGAAAUAG